AGAUUGUUCAAAGUAGAAUUUUGAAAUCUUGAAAUCUUGACAUCAAAAUGAUUGUGAUUGCUGUUUUUGUCGGACUUGUUUGCACUGCUCUGGCCGAGUCGGAGCCCUGCCCUACGGGUUGCACAUUCAUCUUGGCCCCCGUGUGCGGCUCGGACGGCAAGACCUACGCCAACGCGUGUGAUCUGAGAAACGCCAACUGCGACAAUCCAGAAGUGACAGUUGAGAGUGAGGGCCCCUGCCACAAAGAAUGUUACCGCGGUCACACUGAGCGACCUUGCCCCAUACACGGCUGCUACAAGUUGUUAAACCCCGUCUGCGGCAGUGAUGGGAAAUCGUACGCCAACGAUUGCGAAUUUGACACCGCCAACUGUGACCUUCCACCAGAGCAGAAGAUAACCAUUGCUCACUGUGGGGAUUGCUAACUUUUAAACAAAUGUUGUACAUCAAAGAAUAAUUAUUGAAUAUUAUUUAAAAGAAUAAUUUAGAUUUAAAAACUAAAUCGUUUGGCAUUGUAUGCUCACCAUUUACAUAAAUUGUUUACAUUUAGAUUUUUUUUUCUCUUUCCAAAUUAAAUUUGAGUAGCAUGAUGGUUUUUAGAAAUUUAAAAUACAAAACAAUUAUAAAAAUAAAAUCAAUAAUGCA